AUGCGGCCUUGGGCAGUGACCCCGGGCCGCGCCGUGUUGGCGCUCGGGGCCUGCGUUGCCCUGGGUGCAGGCCUUGCUGUUGCGGUAAUGUAUUGGCAACAGCGGAGACGCAAGGGCACGGCGGAGCAGCGAGCGCUGCACCGUGGGCGUCGUCGUCGCAAUUGCCCCUCCUCCCCCACCUCCACCACCUCGUUAUUCUCCUUUGCAAGCGAGUCCAAUCAUGACGCCAAAGGCCUCAGCGAUCGGCACGCACACCUGGCAAGCGACGCCGUCGAGCAUGCUGCGAGGCUCAUUCCACGCCGUGACACGCACCAAUGGGCUGCGAAUGUGAUCAUCGCAACCAGCAGUGAGGACUCCCCGGCUGAUGAUAGCAGCCCAGAGCCCCUUUUUGAUCUAUCUGAGCUUUCGCGCGCGCGCCUCUCCCCAACUCGUAUGCAGCAACGUCGCCAGCAAGCCGCGAUUCGCGCGGCGCUCGUGCAGCGGCCUUCUGAACCCAAGAUGCUGCGACCAUCGCCUCGAUCCACUCACGCAAGUCGAUUGCCUCGGCACGACGAUGAGCGAAGCCAGGGUUCCGCCGCCAGCCACGAGAGCACUGCCCUGACGCCCGUGCCCGUGGCUCUGGUCGCAAACAUUGCCGUCCCCGCCUUGGCCGGCCCCUCGGCGGCCCCUGGGGCCGCCUCCUUGUCCAACCCCUCUGCUGCCCCCACUGUUGCCCCUGCGCCACCGGGCUCAUCUGCCAGCUUGAUGCUGUCUUCAGAUCCCCAUGCUUAUGAUCAUGUUGAAGACACCCAUCUCCACGUUCCCGGGCCUAAAACCGGUGGCAACAACUUUGAAGCUGAGGCCGCAAGGUCCGAGGCCAGCUCUAUUGAGGGCGUCUCCCAAGCCUCCGGCUCGGAUGCGCCCGACUCAAACGUCUUGGCCUUGAAUACCACCAUCCAACUCUGGAUCCAGCACGUAGUAGCUAGUCUGGAUGACCCCGAAACGGACGGCCAACCGACAGUACCUCUCACCAGCUUGCUGACCGACGCAUUGCAGGAGUGCUGUGACACCCCUUUUGCUCCUGGAGACCCUCUCAAGGUGCUGACUGAGGCCAAUUUUGAUACGAAAAAGCUUCAAUCAUUUUUCAAGGAGAAAGAGAACCGCAAGCUCAUUGCUCGUCGAGUCUGCAAGAUGCUGCUGUUCAACGUGCUCACGCUCAGAAGCAAACAGGACGUGGACGGCGUGAUUCGUUCCUCAGUUGGCAAAUUCACCCAUGCUGUCUUUGGACGACGUAAGGACCACGCCAAGGGCCUGGCUGAACGCAUCGGCGUUCCCCGUCCUCAGCUUUUACAGCAAAUGGAGGAGGAGCACAAAUCCGUUGCACUCUUCGAGGUGGACGGCUACCAGACGAGCCCUCAGAUUGAGUGGCAGAUUGUGUAUGGCCAACGCAAGCAUAUGGCCCGCGGUGACUCGAGCGACAUCUACACAGUCUUCUCGCAGGCCCAGGAGCGCAUGGAAGGGGCCGGUUUCGAGCCUCGCAUGGCCAGCAAGACGGCCAAAGCCCUCCAGUUUGAAGAAGUGCUGGCCCUGCGCCUGUACACGGGUCCCAUGUACUCACAGUACAACAAGGUCCUUCGUGAGGGCGGCCGCGGCCACGGCCAGCAACGCUACACCGCAACCAUUCACUGCAUUUACAGCGGUCUGCUCAAGAUUGCCCGUGCCACUCGACCAACGACCACAUAUCGGGGCGUGGGUAAUCUUGCUCUUCCGCGCCAGCUCUAUGUGCCCCGCAAAAAGUCUCACGACGUGGCGGAGGGCAUUGUUGAGCUCGGCUUCAUGUCGUGCACCACUUCAAUCAAACAAGCUCUUGCCUUUACCAAGACCUGCGAUGGUAGCGGUAUGAAUGGCAUCCUCUUGGAGUGCAAGGCUUCCUCUUUUCAGGGCGGGGCCAAGAUCAGCUGGCUCUCGCAGUUUCCAAACGAGGACGAAGUGUUGUUUCCCCCAUUGUGUGGCCUUGAAUUAGACGGCGAGCCAAAAAUGAGCGACAAUCGUCUCUGCCUUUCCCUGCGUGUCUCACUCAGUACCAACAGUGAUACGCUGGACCAGGUCGUGGGCAAGCGCCACUUGGUCCUCAUGACCAUGCUACAAGGCUUUCUCGCCGAGCUGGAGGGUGAAAACCCUGACAACCCCUCCCUCAAGGAAUUUCGGGAUCAUAUUGCCAGGGUGAACCGCGAGAAACCCGCUCUUUACAACAACGAUGUUGAGUUUCUGCGGGCCGUCAACGACGCCGUCACCCUCAAGCAGGGCGUUGCCAACAAGCCUGGUGUGCUGCGACGCUUUUCUCAGAACCUGGGGCCAGUCCUUGUUUUGGCUAAACAACUGUGCACCCACACGGGCCUUGAGCCGCUCCUCCGCAUUCAAAGCGAUCUCGAGCAGACGGACACUCGAACGUUUGCCCAGCCGCACUUUGACCAGCAAAUUCAGCUGCGAUUGCGCCGCCUCCGACUGGCCCUUAGUCUGCACCCUGCUGCUUCCCAGGACUUGCAGGUUGUUGAAAAUCCAAUGUCAAAGUUACCCGCAGUCUUGGCCCAAAGCUUGGCUGAAACAGCGCCGGAUUUGCUCGUGCACGCGGCUUUGCUGGAAACCACGCUUGAGCGACAGGACACCGGCCCCCUGACCAUGCUAUCUACGGACCUGCCCCAGGGAUUUGACCCAGGCAUCUUGGCCGUGCUGGGCGUUGCUAUGGAGCGCUUUGAUACGCUCCCCCUUGAACCCGUGCUCAAGGAUGACCUGUUUUUGCGCUUUGCCGUGGACACCGAUUUGGCAACACAAACUCACAACGUGCGCCUGCCCCCGCUCAAGACGCUUGCAGAGGCCAAACUGGCGGCUGCGAUUCUUGCAUGGUCGCAUCGCCAGGAUGCUUUGACUCACAUCAAGGUGGGCGGCGUUUGCCUCCCCUUGGCCAAGCUGCAAAGCAAGACCUUUGAGGAGUGGGACUUGUCUGGCAAGAGCCUGGAUCGUGUGGGUCUGUGCUUUAUCCACGCGUACUGUAAGAUGAUGGACUUUGAGAUCCACGGCCUUCUUAAUGUGUGGACCAACCAGCUGGAUGAUGAGGCCGUCACGGAGCUUUGCAGCCUUCUCUGUUCGAGCGUGGGUCGCCAUGUCACCGUGCUUGGCAUGGGUAACAAUCAAGUGACCGAGGCAUCGGGGCAGACGCUGAUGCGCAUGUUGAGCCAGCGCCCUGAUAUGGAGAUGCUGGACGUGCGUGACAACCCAGUGUGGGGUGUCGAGUGCAUUAGCGAAGCCUUUGAAACCGACCUUGUGAAUGCUUUGCCCUUGACGUCGCGCAUCGAGUUUGGUUCCACCGGCUCGAUCACUCGCCGCAUCAUCAAGACGUGUUUGGGCGAUGUUAUUCGCCUUCAGACGACGGGACACGGCGUGUCUGACUCUUAA